AUGAACGCAAUGCCUUUGGCCAGCCCCAUGGACAGCUCUGUGAUUGUGGUGACUCCUCACAACGGUUAUCCUGUGAUGUCAGGAGUCAUGUCUCAGGUGCCCUUGUAUCCAAACAGCCAACCCCAAGUCCACUUCGUCCCUGAGAACCCACCUGGUUUAAUGUCGGCUGUAAAUGUGCUGCCUGCCCAGAAGAUCUUGAAGGAAGGCAAAGUCUUAGGGGUCAUGCAGAUCCUGAUUGGCCUGGUGCACAUGGGCCUGGGCGCCAUUAUGGCCACCGUGCUCCUGGGGAACUACGAAGCCGUCUCCUUCUAUGGGGGCUUCCCCUUCUGGGGAGGCAUCUGGUUUAUCAUUUCAGGGUCCAUAUCAAUGGCUGCAGAAACUCAGCGGAACUCAUCUUGCCUGUUGAGCAGCAGUGUGGGCUUGAACAUCUUCAGCGCCAUCUUCUCUGCCAUUGGAAUAACACUUCUCAUCACAGAUUUAGGCCUCACCAGCACGUAUUCCGACUUCAGUUACUAUCCUCCCCAUUGGAGCUGGGAUGUGAGCGCAGGUGUGGCUAUUUCCAGUGUGCUGCUCAUAUUCUGCGUCCUGGAGUUGUGCGUGGCGUGUGUAGCCUCCCAUUUUGGCUGCCGAGUGGUCUGCUGUCGGUACAGCCACGUGGAUGCCAUCCUCCCCAACAUGUAUCCAGCAAACCCAGUGGCCAUCCCACAACCACCAAACACGACACCGAGUUAUUCCCAUGGAGUCCAGUACCCCAGUUAA